AAUUACGUCCUCGCUUUAAUUUGGACAUCAUGUCCUUUCGCAAGCGGAAUAUUGGCCUGUCUGCAGGUGUCGACCGUGCAGCUGUUCCCAAUGCCUCUACGCAGCCAGCUCCGCUCGAAUCUAGCCCGGGUAUACGCCCCUCCCCCGAUGAUGGACGGCCAACCACCUCUACAGGAGCGCCGUCGCUCGACAACCUACUCGCCGGACAUGCAGGACUUCCUAUGGGGAAACUACUCUUGAUUGAGGAGAAUGGUACUACAGAUUUCGCGGGCGCAUUGCUCCGAUACUAUGCGGCGGAAGGCGUGGUCCAAGAGCAAAAGAUUCAUGUGGUCGGGGUUCCUGAACAGUGGGGUCGCAGUCUGCCUGGCUUGAUCGGCACAGCGGAAUCUUUGGAUGAAAAAAGAUCAGAUAAGCGUAAGGACGAAAAGAUGAAGAUUGCGUGGCGAUAUGAGCGGCUAGGCGAAUUCGGUGCGGGCGUUGCAGGCUCACGAGAUGUUCCCAACCCUACGCCAGCUGGCGAACAAGAAACAACUGCAAAGCCAGCCUUUUGCCAUGCCUUUGACCUCACAAAGCGUCUCACCCAUCCCGGCAUCACCAACAUGUCCUUUAUUCCACUCGUGCCCUCCAGAGAAUCGCCAUUCACCUCGAUUCUGAAGCAGCUUCAGACAUCUAUCAGCUCCAGCGCCUCGAAUACCAUGCAUCGCAUCGUCAUUCCAUCCCUGCUCAACCCUACCAUAUACCCGCCGAACGCCUGCCAGCCCGAGUAUGUGCUGCAGUUCUUCCAUUCAUUGAAGGCAUUGCUGAGCGCGAACACGGCUCGAGUGACGGCUAUGAUCACUCUCCCUCUGUCCUUGUUCCCACGUUCCUCCGGUCUAGUUCGCUGGAUUGAGCUCCUGAGUGACGGCGUGAUCGAGCUCUGUCCCUUCCCUCAUUCGGCUGAUGCGACAGCAACCUCGGGCGCUGCAACGUCUGUGGAAGAGCCACCACAAGGCAUGCUUAAAACACAUAGGCUUCCAGUAUUGCACGAGCGGGGCGGCGGGAGCGAUCAGAACGUGGGACAAGAUUGGGCAUUUAUCCUCAGCCGUCGGCGGUUCGAGAUCAAGCCAUUCAGCUUGCCUCCAGCCGACGGCGACACCGAAGCGCAAGAUGCAUCAGCGUCAAGCGGCAUGCCAAAGAAGUCAGACCUCGAAUUCUGA